AUGUCUCGGCCCCUUCAUAAUCAGAAGCCAACCUCUCCUGCAACCCGCUCCGCCACGCCUGACUCCCAGGUCGAGGCGCAUGACGAAGGUUUGUGGAUGAAACGGAUGAGAAAAUCCAAUUACAAGAAAGAUCCUUCUGAAAAAGACCCUUCGACUUCUCUUCGUCGAGGACGUGGUAUUCAUGAUAUUUCUUCGAACGAGCAGUCGGCUGUGGCUUCAUCGGACAUUGCUGAAACUGUUUCUCGAAAAACCCACACUACGGACGACUUAGAGAAGGCCAGAGCUAGAUUGGUCUCUGAGGUCCAGAAACUUGGCCUUAGAAAUGACGAGUCUCAUGAAAAUCCUGCUCAUGCCAGCAACAAGCUAGAAGACGCUGACACUGAAGGUCUUGUACAAGUUUGGGACAGUAGCAAGGACGUACCCGCAGGCUCUGUCCUUGAGAAGUGGACCGAGGAAGACCGGAUGAAGUGGGCUCAGGGCACGGGCAUCGACAUGAACGAUUUGCUCGACAAACUUCCCAUCCACAAGCGUUGCACCUCUUCAACUGUAUUAGGUGAUCGAUCGGAGGACUAUGGGGUCAUGGACGUGAAUGAUUGCCAUCCGCCAUGGAUCGAAACUAUUUCUGGAGAUGAAAUGUCAGCAAAGAACAUGGCUCUAUGCGACAAUGAAUAUCACGGUAUAUCAAUUGGACGACUUUCCGGCAUCUCUCUAACCCCACCACCCUGCAAAGAUACAUAUGGCAAAACUUUGCAGCCAGUCCCAUUCAGUGCUGUUGGUACGCCCACGGUGGCGGUAUCUGACAAUCCGCCUCUAGCUAAGCCUGAUGCGACUUGGGGCACUGGCGUAGACUGCGAUCUAAAUGAUGGCUCUCGCAAGAUGACUGAGGAGGACAUCGCCACACUAGGUCUGCUGGGUUGGUGGAAGGAGAGCAAUGUAAACACUGGUCUUCCGCCAAUAAACAAAGAGAAUUUUCCCGGGCUGGAAAAUGUGCGCACUCUCGAUUGGCGGUGCCACCUCUGA